AUGUCACUUUUGAAACUCAUUAAAACUACCUUCAAUUAUAUUGCUGUUGCAAUGGGAGGUGCUAUCGUCAUCAUUGGUAUUGGGUACUUGAUGAAACGAGUGGGUGCUGCAGCUGCCAUCAUCAUUCUUUUACAAGUUCUUGCAGCUAUCACGAUGCCAUCGCUUCAACCAGUGAUUGCUACCUUGGCUACGCUAUUUUAA